AUGCUCUCGAUUUCUCAGUGUGUUGGGACACCCAUCUCCCCAAGAUUGUCUCAGUGUGUGGGGACCACACUCUACCCCAGGACUCUCUCAGUGUGUGGAGACCCCCUCUACUCCAGUCUCUCUCAGUGUCUGGAGACCCCCGUCUCCCCCAGACUCUCUCAGUGUGAGGGGACUCCCCUCUACCCCAGAAUCUCUCAGUGUAUGGGGAGCCCCCUCUCUCCCAGGCUCUCACAGUGCCCCCAGAAUUCUCAGUGUUUGGGGAGUCCCCUUUCUCCCAGACUCUCUCAGUGGACCCCCAGACUCUCUCAGUGUGUGGGGACACCCCUCUCCCCCAUACUCUCUCAGUGUGUGGGGACACCCUCUCCCCCAGAAUCUCAGUCUGUGGGU